UAAAAAAUACAAAAGGGCAGUGUCCACUAGCGUCUUCAGUGGCAUAAGACAAGCACAACAUGUAGUCGAUCCUUUAGACUGGCAAAAAAAAAAAAGAGGCAAAUUACAGAAACCUGCAAAUGUUGGCGCCAGUACACCUAUAUAAUCCCGAACAGACUGUAGAUCAGCUCAUAGUAUGGAAUAGACUAUAACUGGGAAUUUCCGCAGUUGCAAACAAACAUGGCGGACCUCCUAGCGAAACUCCAGGAUGACAUAACUUGCUCUAUAUGUCAGGACUACUUCAGAACACCAAAGCUCCUAGCCUGCCUCCAUCGGUACUGCCGGGAUUGCUUGCACAAGUAUAUUCUGUCUAAAGGAUCAAACGAUGGUGUCAGUUGCCCGACAUGUCGGCAAACCAGCAAACCUCCGACGGUCGGGGGAAGUACCCUCGCCCUGAGAGAAUGGGCUGACAGUUUCAAAACGGAUUUUCUUCUGGGAUCUUUGGUUGACAACAUAAAGAAAGAGAAGAAACACGGUGACGUCUGCACGAAGCACUCGGGUAACCCGGUUGUAUUGUUUUGCCGUGACUGCAGGAAGACGAUCUGUCACGUUUGUGCAGGUGUGGAUCACCGCAGGUGUGACGGAGUUGUCCCCCUAAGACCAGAAGCCGAGAGAGAGAGGGCUCACAUUAAUCAGCGGCUCACGAAGAUGCGUACAGCAAAGACGAUAGCUGACCAAAACUACAACCUCUCUCAACAUCAAAGUCGGAUGCUUAUGAUCGAAUUUGAAACCUCAAAAGGUAAGGCCAAAAAGGAGUUCAAGAAAAUUCACGAACUUGUAAACAAGCAAGAGCAAAUGUGUCUCAACAAUCUCAACAAGGAAUAUGAGAGCAGAUACCGUGAUGUUGAUAAAACCAAACACAAGAAUAUACUGAAGUCUGUAACCGAGAGUCUGAAAAAAGCUGAAAAAGCUGUAAAUGAAAGUUCAGACGUUGAGAUAUUGAACGAUGAAGAUUCUAAGCUAUACCCUUAUGUAGUACCAAUGGUCAUCCCCAUUCGUAACAUGAAACGUCACAAUGAGUGGGCCUCGAUUAGUCAGUUCCAGACUGUCUUGAAGAAAGCCAAGAUCCAAGAUGCAGUGGCUGUACUCAUGAAACAUCAAAAUGAGUGUGCCUCGAUUGGUCAGUUCCAGACUGUCUUGAAGAAAGCCAAGAUCCAAGAUACGAUAGCUGUACUAGAAAGUGCUGUGUCAGCUGAAGGCGGUGAAGAGAGUACCACUGUUUAA